GCAUUAUUAUACAGACAAAAAAAUGACAUAAGGUCAAAAGCAUUUUUUUAACAAAAGCACUCGUUUGUGGGUGUGCAGAGUGUGCCAGCAGCACAGAGCAAACCCUCUGAGUUUUUGCAACAAAGAUCCAAUUCAUGAUGAUUUCAGACGAUAGACUUGGGAACUACUUGGUGAAGUUCUUGUGAGGCAUUUAUUAACUUUUUCAUGAUUGUACGUUGGAACCGAUUCUGUUCAACAAUGCUGUCAAAACAAACUCUAUGGGGCAAAUUGUCUUGCGGGCAAGCUUAUUUCCCCAUGAUGACAACAUGAUACAUUAGAAUUCCCCCGAUUAAGACCAGAGGAUACAAGAUCGGAAAGACACAUGAAAUAGACGACACUAUGUGCUCACAUUUCAUUUUCCAUCCAUCAAUCCAUUGUCUCAACAUCACAUAUCCUGUUCAGGGUCCUCCUACCUCUGCUGAUUUGGAGAGAAACCCUGCAUUGGCCACCAGUCAAGCACAAGGGCAUGCGUAGCGACAGAAACUCAUUUGGGCCGUCACCGAGCGGAACAUAAACCCAACUGGUUCAAGUCAGGCCAAUGAAUCACUACACCGUCACUUAAAAAAUGAUCAAGAUUUGAUUUCAUUCAAAAAUAUAUUUCUUUAAACUAGCAUGUUUGCAUACUCUAUUGGCUUUUUUUAAAGUCAAGUCAAGUCAACAGUAUUUAUAGAGCACUUUCAAACAGCCAUCACUGCAUACAAAGUGCUGUACAUGGAGCGAUUUAACAUACACAAUAAACAGUAAGACGAAAUGGUAAUAAAGUUAGAAACAAAUCUAAGUCAUGCUGAGUCGAACGCCAAAGAAUACAAGUGAGUUUUGAGGAGGGCUUUAAAGAUGGGCAGCGAGGAGGCUUGCCGAAUGUUCAGUGGGAGGUCAUUCCAGAGAGAGGGACCAGCAACAGAAAAGGCUCGAUCCCUCUGAGCCUCAGUUUAGUUCUUGGUACUUCUAAACUGCACUUCCUCACCUUGCAGUACUUAUGAGUGCACUUUAUCCUUAUACAAGAGUUUGUGGACUCUAAGAAGAGUCCUUUAUUAUGCAAGUUUUAAUAAACAAAUUCUUAAACAUGAUAGUAGUCAUAUUCUUAUUGAAACUCUUAACUUAAAGUAUAUUUCAUGUAAAAGAAAGCGAGUCCUUUGAAUUUACACAAUACAAGUAUGUCAUGGCACCUGGUCAGAAUGGUACCACCUCUGGCUCAAUUUGAGCCAGGAAAAACCCUGCAUAGCGUUCUACCCUUAUACAGAGCCUGCUAAUGAUAUUUUUCUGGUCAAUGAGGCUAUUGAUUGAUUGGAAGUGUGAAGUGCUUGUGCUUCCAGAAAUAUGAAAACAUAAAAUAUAUUACCCACAUAUGCCCCGAAGGCUCCAGAACCGUAAAACUGACAUGAAAUACGCAUAAUUAUCCAUGUCAGGUAAGCCAUAAAAAGAUGACUGGAUGUUUGUAUCACACCUGUUUGGAAACAAGUGCAUCUGCUUACCAUCACAAUGUCUAACAGUCUUGUGGAUAAAAAUACAGUAGAUUAAAAAAAUAAUCCCCUGCCUCUCUGAGUGUCAUUCUAUUCAGACUCCUUUAAUGACGCCAAGAACAUUUUGUCCCAUGAGUGUCUAAAAAAAAUCAUUUGUCAGUUGUGAUGGGAUACGUAACUGAUCAAAGUCACUGUUCUGCUAUUGUGAAUAACAAGCAUGCUAUGGUGGCAAAGAAGAUUUACUUGCUCUAGCCCUACUUUGAAUGCCACUGCAUGAGAUAUGCCUCGCCAAUUCCCCAAGGUAACUCUCAGUCAGGCUGAGGAGGAGACCCAACUCCUGGCGGAAAAGGUGUACGCGUCGGCCCUGAAAGAAGAGGACAAUAAGGAUGCAUUAUCUAUGUUCACCGUCCCCGAGGACUGCCCCAUUGGCCUGCAGCAAGCCAAAGAGCAUGAACUGCUUAAGGAGUUGGCAGAACAGCAUUCUGAGGAAAGCGCCAAAAGGCGCAAAAGCUUGAAGAUGAUUCGUUCCCAGUCCAUGUCCAUACAGCACUCAGGGAAUCCAGACUGGAUAUGGCCAGGGGCUCCUACGCCAUACAAAUCAGCCAGCUCCAGUUCGCUCUGCUCAUCUGUGCCAGAAUACCGUCCUGAUUACCAAAGGGUCACAAUUAGUGGUGAUUACUGUGCAGGGAUCACAGUGGAAGACUAUGAACAGGCAGCCAAAAGUCUUCUCAAAGCUCUGCUGAUUCGUGAGAAUUAUUCCAAAUUGGCCUACCACCGAUUCUGCAGAACUACAGCGCAGUUCCUUCGCAGGGCUGAAAACAUCAGAUGGAGUGAAGAGGAGGAAGUUCAACCAGAUAUGUGCCCAUGUCCAACAGAGGAUGAGGAUCCAUACAGUCUGGAAAACAUUCCAGAGAACCUGACAUACGAACUACAACUGUUGGAUGGAAUAGUGCACGUGUAUGAUAGCGCUGAGGAUCUCAGAAAAAAUCGUCCACACGACCUUCCUUAUCCAAAUCUGGAGACCUUUGCCAUCGACCUUGGUCAUGUGCUGGCAAUGAUUGCAGAUGGACCCACGAAAACCUACUGUCACAGGCGACUCAAUUUCUUGAGUUCCAAAUUCCACCUCCAUGAAAUGCUCAAUGAGAUGGCUGAGCUCAAGGAACUAAAAAGUGUUCCUCACCGAGAUUUCUACAACGUGAGAAAGGUGGAUACACACAUUCAUGCAGCUGCAUGCAUGUCUCAGAAGCACCUGCUGACGUUCAUUCAGAAAACAUACAACACAGAUUCGGACCGCGUGGUCAUGGAAAACGCUGGGCAGGAGAUGACUCUUGAGCAGGUGUUCCACAAGCUCAACAUGGACCCCUAUGACCUUACUGUGGACUCCCUGGAUGUGCAUGCUGGAAGGCAUACAUUCCAUCGCUUUGAUAAAUUCAAUUCCAAGUAUAAUCCCGUUGGAGCCAGUGAACUCCGAGAAAUCUUUCUCAAAACGGACAACCAUCUCAAUGGCGAGUAUUUUGCUCGCAUAAUCAAGGAAGUGUCCCAUGACUUGGAGGAAAGUAAAUACCAGCACGCAGAGCCACGCUUAUCCAUCUACGGACGCGCUCCAGAGGAGUGGCACAACCUGGCCAAGUGGUUCAUUCUCCACAAAGUGUACUCUCCCAACAUGAGGUGGAUGAUUCAAGUGCCGAGAAUAUAUGACAUAUUUAAGUCAAAGAAGCUGGUGCCUAAUUUUGCCAAGAUGCUGCAGAAUAUAUUCCUUCCCCUCUUUGAAGCAACCAUCCACCCGCAGAGUCAUAAAGAACUUCAUGUUUUCCUCAAAUAUGUAUCGGGGUUUGACAGUGUAGAUGAUGAGUCCAAACACAGCGAUCACAUGUUCUCAUUCAGGAGCCCAAAGCCAGAACAGUGGACUGGAGAUAAGAACCCUCCAUACAGCUACUACGUCUUUCACAUGUAUGCAAACAUCAUGGUCCUGAAUAAUCUCAGAAAGGAACGCGGUCUGAGCACCUUCCAGUUUCGCCCGCACUGUGGAGAAGCAGGCUCUAUCACUCAUCUGGUCUCUGCCUUCCUCACAGCAGACAACAUCUCACAUGGGCUCAACUUGAAGAAGAGCCCCGUGCUUCAGUAUCUGUACUACUUGGCCCAAGUGCCCAUUGCGAUGUCUCCAUUGAGUAACAACAGCCUGUUCUUGGAAUACUCGAAAAACCCUCUGCGAGAGUUCCUGCACAAAGGUCUCUGCGUGUCCUUGUCGACAGACGACCCAAUGCAGUUCCACUACACUAAGGAGCCACUGAUGGAGGAAUACGCAAUAGCAGCUCAGCUGUGGAAGCUCAGCACGUGUGAUGUGUGUGAAAUAGCCAGAAACAGCGUGCUGCAAUGUGGACUCUCUGACAAGGACAAGAAGCACUUUUUGGGUGUGGAUUACUUGAAAGAUGGACCCGAAGGAAAUGACAUUCGCCGCACCAACGUGGCUCAGAUCCGCAUGGCCUACCGACAUGAAACUCUGUGCAAUGAACUCAGUUUCCUUGUGGACGCUGUCAAGUCAGAAGCCAUAAAUUCUGUUGUGUGAAUAAGGUACAUUAUUCGAGAUUACUAAAUACUCUCUAACAUACACGCACACACACACACACACACACACACACACACACACACACACACACACACACACACACACACACACACACACACACUGCAAUGCUCUCACACACUAAUAAAAUUAUUUCAGACACAUUACCAAUUUGGCGGUGGAGGAGCUCAGAGAUGUAAGGUGGGGCGGAACCAUUUAAAGAUUUGAAAACAAAUAGAAUCUUAAAAAGAACUCUAAAAUGUACAGGAAGUCAGUGAAGGGAACGAGAGUAGGAGUUAUGUGCUCCCACUUUCGUUCACCAGUCAAGAGCAGCAUUGUGCACCAACUGGAGACGCUUGACAGAGGAUUGGCUGGCAAACUAAAGUGCAUUACAGUAAUCCAGCCGAGAUGUGUUGAAGGCAUUAAUCACGUUUUCAAAGUAUCUGAACAUACAUCUGACCGCAUAGCAGUG